AUGGUUACUGUUCGUUGUGUUAUUGGUCUAUCUGUCCAAAACAACUGGACCCUAUACCAACUUGAUGUUAACAAUGCCUUUCUAUAUGGCAAUCUUAGGGAAGAUGUUUACAUGACCCUUCCAGAUGGUUUAAAUGUUAAUCAGAAGGGUAAAGUGUAUAAGUUGAACAAAUCUUUGUAUGGGUUAAAACAGGCCCCUCGUAUGUGGAAUAAGCGUCUUGUCCAAACCUUAGUCAAAAUUGGGUUUGUACAAUCCAAAUGCGAUCAUUCCAUGUUUAUCAAGUCUGACAAAUCUAUCUUUGUUGUUCUCUUGGUUUAUGUUGAUGAUAUUGUGCUAACAGGGAAUUGUGAGCAUGAGAUUAAUAAAAUAAAGAGCCUUUUAAAAAAUGAGUUCCUGAUCAAAGAUCUUGGUUUACUAAAGUAUUUUCUUGGAAUAGAAGUAAUAAAAUCAAAUAAUGGAAUUUGUCUUUCUCAAAGAAAAUACUGCAUGGACUUAUUGAAUGAAUAUGGCAUGAGUGGCAGUAAGCCAAAUAGCUGUCCCAUUGAUCAAAACCAUGUUUUGACAAAUCUGACAUCAAAUAAUUCUAAACCAGUGGAUCCAACACAGUAUCAAAAACUUGUUGGAAAACUCAUUUACCUAUCUCACACCAGACCUGAUAUUGCCUACUCUGUUCAUUACCUAUCUCAGUUCAUGCAUAAGACCACUGAGGCUCACACCCAAAUUGCUUUCAAAGUUUUAAGAUAUCUCAAAAAUGCUCCUGGCGCUGGAAUCCUGUUUACCAAAGGCACCCCUUUCCAGUUAACUGCUUUUGCAGACUCAGACUGGGCCAAAUGUGUGGACAGCCGAAGAUCUGUCACAGGUUUUUGCAUUUUGCUUGGGGGCUCUUUGGUGUCUUGGAAGAGUAAGAAACAAAGUGUUGUUUCUCGGUCCUCUGCUGAGGCCGAAUACAGGUCUAUGUGUAGUGCCACGUGUGAAAUAUUGUGGCUACUAAAUCUGUUAAGAGAGCUUAAUGGUGCUGUGGAUAUUCCGGUUGAGCUGAAGUGUGACAACACUGCAACGCUGUCCAUUGCUGCUAAUCCUGUCUUUCAUGACCGGACUAAGCAUUUUGAAGUUGAUUUGUUUUUCCUAAGAGAGAAAAUUGCAUCCGGAUUGAUCAAAACAAAAGGUGUUAAGACUGAGGACCAGCUAGCUGACAUAUUCACUAAAGGCUUGCUUCCAAAAACUCAUUCUGAAAUGUGUAAGUCACUGGGUAUGUUCAAUUUCUUUGCACAUUUAAACUGA